UCUCGCGCGCUUCAGACUGUUGUGAAGUAUAGGAACCUUCUAUGGCGGUCUUUCAAUACGCCGUUUAUUUAAGUACAAUCAUCAUUAAAAGUGCGACAACGCUUUCCACGAAGUGCGAUGAAGAUGGUUUACAUUUUGAAGCGCUGAUCUGGUUCUGAGCUUGUUUAGAGUUGGAUUUAGAGUUUGAUAGCUUUCAUAUUAGCUACUACUCAACAGCAAUUGCAUUUGUUUUUCUUGCAGCCGAACCAGUCUAGUUGUGGACUACAUGUCACCCAUUGAAUACAUGGUGUCGAUACAGCUCAGUCGCGUAUAAUAUUCAUCUGGGCAUGCAUUAACCCCACGACUUGAGCUCAGACACAUCGGGCCCUUGGUGCCAUGAAGCUCCAGUGUGAUGUUGAGGUGGUGAGCAGGAUGCUUCCCACCUUCGGAAUGAAGAGAAAGGGGAAAGGUGUCCGGGCCGUGUUGUCAAUAGGAAAACACGUGGACAAGAAUACCCUGCGGAACAUCUAUCUGAUGAUCUGCACAGCCAAGGACCGGGCUGGUUCGAAGUAUAAGCUAAAGGACAACAUAGAGAAGUUCUUCACCUGGUUCGUAGAUGAGGGCAAGGCCACCGUCAGGCUAAAGGAGCCUGCUGUGGACAUCUGUCUGAGCAAGGCUGAUGCUAAUAGCCUGAAGAACUUCCUGUCUGCUGCUCGUCUGGCUGACAGAGGAAGUGACAUGGACAGUCUUCCUCUUUCUACACUGACACCAGUGCGAGCCCGGGAUGUGGAGAAGCCCAAGAAGAAGCUGACCAUCAUGUCAAAGAAGGACUACCCCUUGACGUCCAACUUCCCAUACUCCCUAGAGCAACUGCAGGUCUCUUACUGUCGACUGUCCCGCAUCGACCUGAGGAUGCUCUCCCUCAAGUCCCUGCGGAAACUUGACCUCAGCAAUAACCACAUCAAGAAGCUUCCUGACACCAUUGGGGACCUGGGCUGUCUGGCUGAUCUGGUUCUGCACAACAACCACCUGGAGAGCUUCAGUGAAGCCCUCUGUCUGUCCUCCCUCCAGGGCACCCUCCAGAACCUGGACCUGAGCCAGAACCGCCUCCAGGCUCUGCCCACACAGCUCUGCCACCUCAGAGAGCUGGUCAACCUGAAACUGGAUGACAACAAGUUGAAAUGUCUGCCCUUCCGCAUCGGACAUUUGUCCAAGCUGAGGUUCCUGUCCGCCGCACAUAACCAGCUGUCACUGCUGCCUGAUAACUUCCGGAAGCUGAGCCUUGAGAAUCUAGACCUGUUUGGGAACCCGUUUACCCAGCCUAAUCCAUUGGACCACCGCAUGGAGCUCACCUUCCCCCUCAGUUUACAGGAGAUGGCCUCCAGGGCUGUGGUAAAUCUUAGGGUUCCAUAUGGGCCUCACCUCAUCCCCGCCCACCUGUGCAGGGACCUCGAGAGGGCCAAGACCUGUGACUGUGGCCAGCCCUGCAUCAACUUCUUCAUUCAGACUGCAGUUAGCAUGAACCUUCACCAGGUGUCCCACACCGUGGUACUUGUGGAUGACAUGGGGGGCACAGAGGCCCCUGUCCAGCAACACUUCUGCUCCCUGGCCUGCUACUCUGAGUUCCUUGACAACUGCCUCCAAAGGGGGAUCAGAUGAUGAUAACAAUGGAAGUGUGAGUGUGUUUGUGUGUGUAUGUGGACCUGGGGUUACCGUGAUGAUGGGAAUUUCAGUAGACAAGUUGAAUUACCUCAAUUCAGCUCGUGAAUGUCAGUAGUGUUAUUAAUGAAAGUUACAGAAUGUCAGCUUGAGUUGGUCAGUGCUGUUUGUCAUACAUGGCAGGAUGACUGACAGGAUCUCUGCUCAGACAAUGUCCUGCGUAUUUAUCUCUGUGUGUUAUUUCAUCCACAUGUUAUUUUUGUAUUGUUAUCGGGGAUACCUACAGUCUCGUCUUUGUGUCGGUCUACUUUGUUGCUAAUCAAACAUUCAAAGCUGUCUAAAAGGGUCCUAUUUUUUACUUAACUGGGACAAUUUUCAUAAUAAAGUUACAAGAUUGAAGUAA